ACUCCGUAUCCCAACUCCAUUUCGCACUCCAUAACGGGGUAAUUCUUAAAUCGUGGCGCAUGGCAGCUGUGCUAGCAGUCGAGGAAGACCGAGCCCCAACUCCCAAGCUAGUUUAUUUUACGAUUGUACUCGUCUCGUAUUCAGUAUAAUUAGUGAUGUCUGCUAUCGAGGAGACGAAAGCUCGUGUAAAGAAUGCUAUUGGGGCGAUUCCGGAUUUCCCUAAACCAGGAAUUUUAUUCAGAGACAUCUUUCCCUUAUUUCGGGAUCCAAGUAUUCUAAAUGACCUCAUUGAUCUCCUUGUACAUCAUGUUAAACAAACAUUCCAACAAGUUGAUGUGGUUGUAGGACUAGAAGCAAGGGGCUUUCUAUUUGGUCCUAUGUUGGCACUGAGGCUAGGAUGUGGGUUCGUACCAAUCCGCAAGAAAGGCAAGCUACCCGGUGAAUGUAUUCAGGUUUCCUAUACACUGGAAUACGGCACAGAUGUUUUUGAGAUGCAGAAAGGUGCAAUCAAAGCUGGUCAGAAAGUCCUGAUUGUUGAUGAUCUCAUAGCAACAGGAGGCACCAUGCAUGCUGCCUGUCGAUUGGUGAGGAGCAUGGAAGCAGAAGUCUUGGAAUGUCUUGUCAUCAUCGAGCUGAUAGACCUCAAAGGAAAGGAGAAACUCACCGCCCCAUUCCAUACACUUAUAGAUUUCGAAGGAGAAUGAGAAUGAUACCAGGACUAAUAGACUUGCAAUAAUGUGCCUUUCUAUGAACAUUAAAUUAUGAACAGUAACACAAAGGACCUGUGAUUUUCCUUGUAGCAUCUGCACACCAUAUGUGGUUACCAGAUGGUAGGUAUAUGUUCCUGGGCUGUCCAUCUACAUGUAUCUCUCCCAAUUUUGUUCUUGUAUGAUUUGAAAUCUGUUUAACAGACUCUACUUCAAACUUUGCUCAUGUAUGUGUUUAGGGGUGAUUGCUUUUUGAUUUGUUUUGGGGAUUUCAAGGUCAAAGGUCACAUAGGUCUAUAUAAUCAUGAAUGAACAUGUAGCUUAUUCUGGCGAUAAAUGAAAACUCAACUCAUUCAGUUGUACCAUGGUAUAAGACCUUGGAAUUUGAUGAGAUAUCAUGGAUCUAUAUAUUCUAUUGUUGUAUUUUGGGUGAUAUAUGACAUGGUGUGUAUGCUAAUCUUAUUUACAUAAUAACUAUACCAUAUGGUAUUAUUUUGUUUAUGCUGUAAGGUCCCCUACCUUUAGUACAAGGUAGAUUUCACCUUGGCUUUUAGCAGGAAACAGGGGGCCCGUUGCAUGAAACGUCAUAACUCCAGCUCGAUGCCAUCAGUAUGGAAAGCCAACCUGGGCAAAAAUUGUUAGUCAUAAGAUGUAUGCUUUCCAUAUGCUAAUUCCAUGCGUCUUUUUGUUCAUUCUGCUUAUUGUCCAGCCUGGCUUUCCAUAGAAACGGUGACAAGCUGGAGCUGCUUCAUAAAAAGGCUUGUGCUUAAUAGCAUCUUUUCGUUCCAUCAUUUGCAAAACAAUGGAGGAUUAGGAACUAGCAAAAACAUGGACCUUACCUUGGUGAAGCCAAAAUUUACCUAUUUGUAUAAAUGUUGUAAUAACUGGUGGUUGUCAAUAUAUAUGAAUUAUGUACAUGCUCAUGUCAAGUUAGGCGAUCGAAAGAAAAGGAAACCAUCUUUCAUAUUUAAAAAAAAAAAUGUUGAGUCAGUGGCAAUAACUCUAUCAAUUGAAAGUACUUAUAAAAAUAGAGAUUCUUAUUUAGGAUCACACAUCACUGAACAUCAUUGUUUUAAAAAAUACUGUGUUUGCAGAAUUUCAAAUUGAUCACUAAUUAUGCUAAACACAUACACUAUGAUCAAUGAAAAAAAAGUGAAAGAAAUAAGAACAUAAGAAAUCUUCCACUUGUUCUUUUCUCAUAAUCAGUUUUUGUUUUUAUUUGGAAAUCUAAUUUACAUUGAGUAAAUUUCAAUUUAAAUGCAUAAAAAGAAAUAAUGCUUUCAAAAAUGUUGAUAAACCAAUUUAAUUGCAUUGUUAUUAGGACAUUCUAAUAACACUUUGCCUUACAAAUGUUCACUUCAUUAAAAAAAAAUUGUUCAAUGAGGCAUGCACAUAAAAACCCUUAUCUAGAUGUCUUUGGAAAUUUGUUUAGUUGUAAUUUUUAGUUUUCAAUGAUAAGAGCAUCAUAAUUAUUAAUUUUAUCAUUUCCCAACAUGAAAAUCUUGAAACCUAUCAUGUUUCCCUUUAUAUGCACUUGAGGCAAUGAAGUUGAACGCUCUGUGAUGGGACCACAUUAAAAAGGGCUCUGUUGUAUAGAGUCUAAACAAUAUAUAUAUAUAUUGAAUAACGAAAACAGUACCUUAUUUUUAAUUGAUGAAUAGUCCUCUUUACGUACAGCCUUAUAGGCCUAUUCUAAUUUAUUUUACUUGAGACUAUUUUUACUUCAUAUAAUGAAAGUGGGUUGAUAAUAUAACAAGGUAUACUUGUAAGUUGAAUAUACAACUAAAGAGAAA